UUGGAGCAGGCCAAUACGCUGCUCAAUUUUCGGAGACCUGACCUCGCUUUUGUCGAGUACCUGCACGCCUCGGAGAUUGUGAUUAAUCUGAUACCUCGCCACAAGGACUACACUCACUUCACGCUCGAUCAUCCGGAGAAUGCGAAGAAGCUUCACUUGCUGCAGAAGAAGAUCAGUGCCCAGAAUGAUCAAUUUGCGAACAUCAAGGGAAUUAUUGUGAGCAACAAUAAUCGGUCAGGCGUGAGGCCGCAGGAGUCACAGAAUGGGCACAUACGUUCAGAAAGUGUGCCAACGGCGCAAUCGCACACAUCAGACAUUCCUACAAGUGGGCAGGCAAGUGGUCCGCAAGCACCAGGACAGAGGAUCAAGCCAACGCCAAGCCCAAAGCCGGAGAGUCUCCAUAGCCGGGCCAUCUCGCACGCCACUCCCAGCGGAGCAAAUGGGCAAACAUCGUCUGACGUCUUGAAUGAUCGCUUUGCUCGAUUACGCAUGCUUGACACUUCGCAAAGGCCGCCGUCCCGAGAGUCGAACGCGUCUAGCCCACUAUCACGGACUACCUCCCUUGUCUCUUCUUCUGGAAAGCCGCAAGGUCCUCGUGGGAUGCCGAACGGCAACGGUACAAUAAUGCCGCCCCUCGCGAUACCGAACCUUCCGCAAGCCCCUCCGACUGCAUACAGUCCUGCCCGCAACAUGGAAACGACCGGUAAUAUUGCACCCCCACGGCAUUCUGCGAGAAGCCUAGCCGGCCCAACCCGACGAUCUUCAAUGGCGCUUACAUCUUCGGCCUCGUCGCACGCGCCCAAUGGGCCCUUGGAGAACGGCGACUAUUUCCCAAAUCAAGCCGCAAAUGGCAGGCCCAAUGGUACAGGGCCGCGAAGAACAUCCGUCAAUGUACCGAUCGAGACUGAAAUCACCCCGGAGAAGCUCUUCGAUUACUUGCAGUACUUUUCCGUGCUCCUCAUCGACUUUCGCUCCCGUGAAGAAUUCGAUAGGGGACACAUACUGGCGACGACCAUCAUGUGCGUCGAUCCUCUGUCCGUGCGAUCAGGCAUGAGUGCCGAACAACUAGAGAACGCUCUUGUCAUAUCUCCGGAAGAGGAGCAAGGCAUGUUCCACCAACGAGAUCAGUACAACUUCGUCGUCUACUACGAUGCGUCAACGCAGUCCGAGAGCUCCCUCUCACAUCCUGUAGGUCAAGCUCAGACCGGCCUGAACUAUCUCCGUGAGGCUUUAUACGACUUCAAUCAAGAGAAACCAUUGCGAAGACCCCCGAUGCUACUCAAGGGAGGGCUUGAAGCCUGGACGGACAUGAUGGGGGUGCAAGCGCUCUUGACCUCUGACACCACCACGAGAGCGAAGCAAGGUAGGCCAGUGGCAAGACGGCCGGUAGCGGGACAGUUGAGAGUGUCGAAGCGCCGCAUACGUGACUACGAGCCCUUUAAUCCGGAGGAAGAACAGUUCUGGCGCGAAAAGGCACGUGUGGAGAGUGUUGCGCUGUCGCAGCCGCCAGAGUUGUCCGAAGACGGUGUACGCGAGACUGUUAAGGACGGCGACGAGGAAGACGCAGAGCCGUCCACCGCAAUCCGCGAGUUUCUCGAGCGCUUCCCGGAUGCUGGCAACCUUGACCCGCAAGCAUUUGCUCGCCAAAAGCCCACGAGAGCGCCGCCACAAGUGCCCGCUAAGAUCCCACUCUACCCGUCUGCGCCGGCGCCGUCACAGUUUCCGUCAGUGCCAGCGCGUCCGGCGCCCGCUGCCCCUCGUAUGAGCUACCAAGGAGUUUCCGACAGACAAGCAUCCGGUAGCCAGCCAAGCGCCAGAAGCACAUCGAGCCAACUCACACCCUACAUCCCGCCAAGGCUCUUGUCCACCAAUCUCCGUCUGCCACGCACAGGACUGGUCAACUUCCGCAACACAUGCUACAUGAAUAGUACGAUCCAAGCGCUUUCGGCCACCACACCGCUCUCUGUGCUCUUUUUGGACGACGGCUUCAGGUCGCAGGUUCAAGCGGAGAACUGGAAGGGCAGCCAUGGCCACAUGACCAACAUCUACGCCAAUCUCAUUCGCAAUCUAUGGAAAGGUGAUGUGGAAGUCGUCAAGCCUUCCACGUUCCGAAGCCUUGUCCGGCGUCUAGCAUCUCAGUUCGACAACGAGGAGCAGCAAGAUGCGAAAGAGUUCUUUGACGUGGUCAUCGACACGCUGCACGAAGAUCUGAAUGUCAAUUGGGCAAGGACGCCACUGCAGGCGUUGACCGAGCAGGAAGAGGCGAAGCGCGAGCGCAUGCCGAAAGUGUAUGCUUCGAAGAUCGAGUGGAGUCGCUACAAUCACCGCGAGCUGUCUUUCAUCUACAAUCUCUUUGCGGGCCAGCACGCCAGUAAACUGACGUGUCUCGAAUGCAACUUUACUUCAACAACAUACGAAGCGUUCACGUCGAUCUCAGUCGAAAUUCCACUAGACGCGCGCUUUUGGCGCAAUGGCCGAUACCCCACCUUGGACGACUGCUUGCGAUCCUACUGCUCUGAGGAGAUGCUGACACGCGACGACCAAUGGCGAUGUCCACGAUGCAAGACUUUUCGCGAGGCGAAGAAGCGCCUCACUUUGACACGUGCGCCUCAGUUUCUUGUCGUGCAUUUCAAGCGCUUUGCCUCGCAAGGCCGGCAGAGUCGCAAAAUCCGCAUACCGGUUGAUUUCCCGCUUAAUGACUUCUCGCUCGACCCGUAUAUGCUGCCGCAGCUGACUCCAGAGGAUGCCAGAAAGGUCGCCGAUCUGUAUGGCGAAGAUGCGCCCAAAACUGGCCCGGAGAUGACCCCGCCUUACACUUAUGAUGCAUAUGCGGUGGUGAGACAUAUCGGCGCGACGAUGCAAAGUGGACAUUACAUCACGGCGGCUAAGGAUCAAGGACGGAGAUGUUGGCACAUGUUCGACGAUAGUAGGGUCAACGACUUCCAGCCGGAACAGCUGAGGGGCGCGGAUGCCUUGCAGAACGAGCAGGCGUAUAUCGUGUUCUAUCAGCGACGACAG